AUGGAACUAAUGAAAAGAGGUCUGCUCUUGCUAGCUUUGACUUGCAUUGUCGCCAUUCAGUCUAGCUGGGCUGAUGAGCUAUUCCGCAGCAACAGCACCAAUGCCUGGCCUUCCUGGAAUGUGACCGGUCGACCAAGCUGGAACUCUACCAACGAAUGGCCAUCAUGGAACAGCACCGGGAAACCAAACUUCAACUCUACCAAUGGUUGGCCGUUUUGGAAUAGCACUCAUGCUCCCAACUGGAACUCCACAAAUAGCUGGCCUUCCUGGAACUCUACCAAUGCACCCAGUUGGAAUUCUUCCAAUAGCUGGCCAUCGUGGAACAUCACUCAUGCACCGAACUGGAACUCUACCAACAGUUGGCCAUCUUGGAACAGUACUCACUCUCCAAACUGGAAUUCCACUAACCAAUGGCCGUCUUGGAACAGCACUCAUUCGCCCAACUGGAACAGCACCAACAGCUGGCCUUCUUGGAACACCACUAAUGCGCCCAGUUGGAAUUCUUCCAACAGUUGGCCAUCGUGGAACAGCACACAUUCUCCAAACUGGAACUCCACUAACUGGCCUUCCUGGAACUCUACACACUCACCAAACUGGAACAGCACUAACGGAUGGCCCUCGUGGAACAGCACACACUCUCCGAACUGGAACUCUACUAACAGCUGGCCGUCGUGGAACUCCACCAAUGCUCCCAGCUGGAACUCAACUCAUGGUUGGCCGUCCUGGAACAGUACCCACGUCCCAAACUGGAACUCCACCAAUAACUGGCCAUCUUGGAACUCUACUCAUUCCCCAAACUGGAACUCUACCAACGGCUGGCCAUCCUGGAACAGCACCCACUCUCCUAGCUGGAACAGCACUGGUCGCCCAAUCUUGAACGACACACACUCCAUUCAGACUGGCCCUGUCACCAUGAACGUCUACAUCAACAACUCCAAAAUUGACUCCCUUCUGAAGCUGAUCAAGUCAGUGGCAGCAAAGGCUUUCAACUGA